AUGAGACCUGUCAGUGACACUAUAGAUGAGAGGCUGAGGCCUGUCAGUGACCCUAUAGAUGAGAGGCUGAGACCUGUCAGUGACCCUAUAGAUAAGAGGGUGAGACCUGUCAGUGACCCUAUAGAUGAGAGGCUGAGACCUGUCAGUGACCCUAUAGAUGCGAGGCUGAGACCUGUCCGUGACCCUAUAGAUGAGAGGCUAAGGCCUGUCAGUGACCCUAUAGAUGAGAGGUUGAGACCUGUCAAUGACCUUAUAGAUGAGAGGCUGAGACAUGUCAGUGACCCUAUAGAUGAGAGGCUGAGGCCUGUCAGUGACCCUAUAGAUGAGAGGCUGAGGCCUUUCAGUGACUCUAUAGAUGAGAGGCUGAGACCUGUCAAUGACCUUAUAGAUGAGAGGCUGAGACAUGUCAGUGACCCUAUAGAUGAGAGGCUGAGGCCUGUCAGUGAUCCUAUAGAUGAGAGGCUGAGACCUGUCAAUGACCUUAUAGAUGAGAGGCUGAGACCUGUCAGUGACCCUAUAGAUGAGAGGCUGAGGCCUGUCAUUGAGAGGCUGAGACCUGUCAGUGACACUAUAGAUGAGAGGCUGAGGCCUGUCAGUGACCCUAUAGAUGAGAGGCUGAGCCCUGCCUCUGUCUAUAUACAUGAGAGGCUGAGGCCUGUCAGUGACCCUAUAGAUGAGAGGCUGAGACCUGUCAGUGACCCUAUAGAUGAGAGGCUGAGGCCUGUCAGUGACCCUAUAGAUGAGAGGCUGAGACCUGUCAGUGACCCUAUAGAUGAGAGGCAGUAG